UGCAUUUCCUCCUCAGGCCUCAUUCUCGACCUCAGUUUUUUCAUUCUUCAUCCUCGCUCAUGGCGAAGUCCCGUGCCCUCUUCCUUUUGCUCGCCGUCGCUCUGUUCUUGUCCUCGGCUCGCGCCACGCAGUUCAAGGUCGGAGGGUCGCGGGGCUGGUCUCUGCCCGACCCUAAUGCCAUGUCAUACAACCAGUGGGCCCAAAGGAAUAGAUUCCACGAUGGAGAUUCUCUAUUGUUUGUUUAUCCGAAGGACAAGGAUUCGGUGCUCGAAGUCGACCAACAUGCCUACGACACGUGCAACACGAGCACGUACGUGAAGAAGUACGACGACGGGAACACCGUUUUCACGUUCACUCGAUCGGGUGCUUUCUAUUUCAUCAGCGGCGUCGAAUCGAACUGUCUUAGAAAUGAAUCUCUCGUGAUUCUCGUCAUGGCAAAUCGGCCCAACCGACAUCAACUGAGUCCCUCAUCGCCGCCCGCAGAGGCUCCAACGCCGUCGUCCUACCCUCCGCCGCCUUCGGAGGCGCUUGAGCCGUCUCCGUCUCCGUCGUCGCCGCCUUCGCCGCCGUCUCCGCCGCCGAGCCCGAGCGAGGUCACAGUACCAGCCGCUGAGCCUGCGCCGGCAGGGGAGGAACCCAACAACCCACCUCCUCCCCCUCCAAACGGGGCCGGCUUGAGGGUGGUGGGCUUCAUGGGCCUAGUCGGGCCUUUAUUUGGGCCUGCCUUCUUCUUCCUUUGACUAUGAGAUGGCGGCGUAUCGUUUUAAUAAUUUAUUAUUAUUAUUAUUAUUAUUAUUGUUUUGAGUGUGAUUGGUUUGAAUAAGCUGUCCAGUUAAAACAUGGAGCAUAAUUUGAGAAUAUUCUUUGUGGGUAGCUUCCUGGGGACGACGGCACGGGUACGGCAUUUGUAUGCAGAAUUCAAUGCAUCGGGAAAUUAAACAUUUUUUUCGGGUUUUUUUUU